AUGACAGCUGAGGGUCAGAAACUAGCCACGGAUCAGGAACCAGUGGGGGGUCAUGAACCGUGUGAUCCUGCUGAAGCCCUUAAAGUCCUAUUUGACGCCCUGUGGGCGGGGCCCAGGUACCCGCUGAUGUUGGGAGGGGUGUGUCUACCUGUGACGUCACUGGUUGCUCGUUCUCUGCAGGCUCUCAACCUGUUGCAGGUGUCCUUCAGGGCUCCACCCCCCAACCUGUCCAACAGGAAGUGGUACGGGCACCUGUUCAGCACGGUUCCAUCGCUCCGCGCUGUAAACCUGGCUGCGGUGAAGCUUCUGCAGCGCUACAGGUGGAGGAGGAUAGGGUUGCUGGUGCAGGACGGACCGCGUCCGGCUGAGGUGAGACUGAUCACAUGA